AUGGUGAACAAUCCGAUGCCAAAUUCCACCUCUUGUUUUGAAAACACUGAGUCGGAUUCAGGGCUGUCUAACACGGUUGGAGACCUAUUCCAGCUGAUUGUGCAGAGCGUCAUUUUCUUAUUCGGCGUGCCCGGUAACUGCCUCAUACUCCGCGUCUACUGGACAAAGACUCUAACAACCAGCACCCAUGUUUUCAUCAUGGGCUUAGCCUGGGCCGAUCUGGCCGUCAGCUUGCUGGCUGUGAAUCGUAUUUAUUAUAAGGUUGCUUCCAUGGCUGGUCAUGAGGUCCCAGAGUUCACAUUUAUUAUCUUGGCUCUUCAGUCAACAGCCAUCAGUACAUCGAUUAUGAUGACUGCUGUGAUCGCAGCGGACCGCUACGACUGCAUAUGCCGGCCACAACGCCGGUUCUUCACCCACAAACGCGGCAAGAUAGCAGCGUGGGCAGCAUUCGUAUUCUCACUGGUCGUAAGUAUUCCUGCCUACAUACCCAGAACCCCAGGAUCCAGCGACCAGCCAUUGGACCUUUUGGCGUUGGCAUUUGAGGUUAUGUGCUUUGUCAUAGCGCUCGUGAUGAUCGCCCUGUGUUACGGUAAAAUCUACACAACUAUCAAGAAACACACCAAAGUCGGCGUCAAAAGUACCACUCGAGAUUGCAGAGUCUCUCGAAUAGUCAACAAUUGCUCGACAAGACUACAUGAUUCCGUAUUCACAAAUGACGAACCGAACAUUCUUAACGUCGCUUCCGUGUUGACGUUCAUCAGUAAACCAUGCUCGAGCAAUGCAAUUGAUGGCAGCAGAAUAGCACAAAACAAUGGAGCACCGAACCACGAAACCAACGUAUCGACCCUUGGCGAAAGUGGGAAAAGACGGGCCAGUCACCCACAAUCGACUUUGACGAAACAUGUCCUUGUGUCGAAGGAUACAGAAAAUCGUGUUGUGGACGGGACCAAUGACACGCGACAACACCAAGGCAAUGCAGGACGCGCACCACCAAAGGCAGAUGCAGCAGGUUUACAGCGUAAGACAACCAGGAUGCUCUUCAUCACCAGCGUUGUGUUUCUCCUGACCUGGCUACCCUACUGGAUCCUUGCUGUUGGUAAGUUUGCUUCCUACUCCGACCCAGUGUUCCAUAUGAUCCUCGAGCAGCUCUCCAUUACCGCUUACGUCAACAACGCCGUGAAUCCGCUGAUUUACGGACUUGCCAACAGACGGUUCAGGAAAGACUGCAAGACAAUUUUCAGUAAAUUUAAGUUCUGUAAGAAUGACACUAAUUAA